AUACAAGUGUUCAGCCGGGAGCUUCAACGCCAGCCGGAUUUUGAUUUAUUAUUGGCUGAGUUAUGCCUUGAUCACGUCUGGACUGAACCUUCGAAAAGAGACGUUAGUGGAGAAAUAGCCUCUAAGAUGUUCCUUUCUCACAAUGUGCUUUCGCAAGAUUUUGUGAAUUUCUUCGUUGGAACUGUUAACCAGCUGCGAUCGAUUCGAGCCGUUCACACUGUAGGUAAUAUUACCACGUCUGGAUCGAUGAACAUACUGCUUUGUCGAGAUGGGGUGGCAAUGCGCUUGUUCACUAUUACUCCGUCGAUGUUACUUCAUUCAGCCGGAAAUUCAUCCUUUGUAAUACAGCACGAAAAUAAGCUGACAAAAACGGUAGAGCUGACGAGAGUCAUACUACCACCAGUGUUCAUCAACUCUUUAGCCCGAGAUGUGUUUGCGGCUGUGGUGGAUGUAUUGCCUCGCGAGAAAGCCGUCCGUCUUAUGUUGGAUUGGAAGACUAAUAAUCGUAAUUAUGAGAAUGAACUCGAAAUGGCGGUGGCGGAACCUCAGCUGCACACGGCUAUACGAUUUCUAUUAGAGCAGACUGGAGUUAUAAUAGAAGAACAUGAGAGGCUACCAUGGCGGAAGAGAACUAAUACCAACGAAGAUUGUGAAACUGACGCAAAACAAAGGCGGCCAAAAGCUUCUGCAGAAGAGGUUAGUCGGUUAAAAUAA